GUCCACCUCCAGUGACAGCUGUAGUGGCCUUUGAGCUGAAGACCAGCACCCUUACAGACCUAUCACACUCUUUCCCCAGCCCUUCUGAUCCCCCUUACCUUAUUUGUGGCAUCAGCAGGGGUGAUUACAUGGGUCGCAUUCAGGAAGUGGGCUGGGUGACUGCAGGACUGGUGAUCUGGGCUGGUACCUGCUAUUACAUUUACAGAUUAACCACAGGAAGAGCCCAGAGUAUGAGGAGACUUGCCAGCAAUGGGUCUAGAGUCAAGAUGGAAACUGUGGCUGGUGUACAGACCCAGACCUUGGCUACGAGUGAAGCCAUGGAUGGGACAGAGAUUGAGACUAGAUCCAAGGUCAAGACUGGAGCAGAAACUGGAACAGGAGGUGGGGCUGGGGCUGAUAUAGAGAUGAAGGCCACUGCUAGAGGCAGACCCAAAGCCAACUCUCAGGCCAAGGCAAUGGUUGGGGCAGAGGCAGAGGUCCAGUCUGAGGUCAAAACAAUGGCUAUGACAGAGGCAGUGACUCUGGCUGAGGCCAAAAUCAAAGCCAAGGAAAUGGCCAUGAAAGAGGCAGUGACUCAAACUGACUCUGAGGCUGAGAGAGUAGUCAAGAAAGAAGCAGUGACCCAGACCAAAGCUAAAGCUUGUGGACUAUUUGCCAGGGCAGAGGCCAAGAAAGAAGCAAUGACCCAGACCAAAGUGGAAGCUCAUAUAUUUGCUGAAAAAGAGACAGAGUUGAACAGAGUACUGGUGACACAGAAUGAGGCCUUGGCAAUAACCAGGGAAGUAGCCAAGAUGAAUGCCAUAAACAAGACUGGAAUUGUGGCUGAGACCAAAGCAAGAGCCCUGGAAGAGACUAUGAAUGUGGCCAAGACUCAGUCUGAGGCAAGGUGUGGUACCACAGUUGAUGCUAAGGGAAAUCUUAAUACCAUGUCCAGGGCAGGAGCUGGAAUGGAUAUAAGGUCUUAUGCACCGUCUCAGGCUGUGGCCAAGAUCCAGGUUGAUGACAUGCCUUGUGCUGGGCUUGAAGACAAGGGAAAUUGCAAAAUUAUGUGUCAAGCAGAGUCUGGGGCAGACAUGAGGACUUCUGCCCAGACUCAGAUUAUAACCAAGGCUCAGGCUGAGACCAUGACUGGGGUAAGGGUUGAUGCUGGGGGUAAUACCAAUGCCAUGUACAAGGCAGGAACAGGGAUAGAUAUGAGAGCUUCUACACAACAUCAGACUAUGACCACAAAACAGGUUGAGGCAAUGUCUGAUGCCAGGGUUGAUGAAAAGGGAAAUAUCAAUGUCACAACUAGGGCAGUGACUGAAGCUCACAUGAAGACUGUUUCUCAGCCUAAGACUAUGCCUGAUGCCAGGGUUAAGGAUAGAGACAAUUCUAAUGCCAUGUCUAAAAUGGGGGCCAAGGCAAACCUGAACGUCAAUUCUCAGGUUGAGGCUUUGCCUGAUUCCAGAGUUCAGACCAGGGGUAAUCCCAAUGCCAUUUCUAAGUUAGGGGUUGGAACAGAUAUGUUGUCCUGUAUACAACCUCAAUCUAUGGCCAGUGUCCCAGGAGAUGCCUUGCCUGAUGGUAAGAUUAAUGCUGAAGGCAAUGCCAACACAAUGUCUAAGGAAGGGGCUGGGACAGACACAAAGGCACAGUCUCAGGCUUUUGCCACAAGCCAGGUUGAAGCCUUACCUAGUACUAGAACUAAGGCUAGGGGCAAAGCCAAAGGCAAAAGAAAGGCCAGGGUCAGGACAGACAUGAAAACCUAUGCACAGCCUCAGGGUGGGGCCAAGUCCCAAGCUGAUGACAGGGGAGACCCUGACGCCAUUUCUAGGGCAGGGGCUAAGGCAGAAAUGAAGCCCUGUGGUCAGCCUCAGGCUAUGGCCAAUACCCAGGAUGAAGCCUUGUCUGGUAUCCAGAAUAAUCUCUGGGGUAAUCCCAAAGCUGUGUCUAAUGUAGGGGCUGGGCCAGACACAAAUGGCUCUGUCCAGCCUCAAACAGAUAUAACACAAUCUGCUUGGCCACAGGCUGUGGCCAAUUCUCAGGGUGAGGCCUUACCUGGUGCCAGUAAUAAGGUCAGGGGAAAUCCCAAUGCUGUGUCUAAGACAGAGACUGGAGCAGAUACGGCAGGUUCUGCACAGACCCAGGAUCUUUCAAAUUCCCAAGGCAAAGCCUUGCUUGGUGCCAGGAAUAAGAACAGGCGCAAACCUAAUGCUGUGUCUAAGUCAGGGGCUGGAUCAGAUGCAGUUGGCUCUGCCCAGCCCCAGGCUGUGACCAAUUCCCAAGAGGAGGCCUUGCCUAGUGCCAAGAAUAAGCUCCAGGGCAAUCCCAAUGCUGUGUCUAAGGCAGAGACUGGAGCAGAUAUAAUGGACUCUGUCCAGUCACAGGUUGUGUCAAAUUCCCAAGGUGAAGCCUUGUCCGGUGCCAGGAAUAAGGUCAGGGGCAAACCCAAUGUCGUGUCUAAGGCAGGAGCUGAACCAGAUAAAACAGGCUCUGUUCAGCACCAGGCUGUAGUGAGUUCCCUGGGUGAGGCCUUAUCUAGUACUAAGAAUAAGAUUAAGGGCAAUUCCAAUGCUGUGUCUGUAACAGGGGCUGUGCCAGAUGCAAGGGGCCCUGCCCCACCCCUGGGUAUGGCCAUUUCUCAGGGUGAGGCCUUGCCUGGUGCCAAGAAUAAGGUCAAGGGCAAUGCCAAUGCUGCAUCUAAGGCAGGAGGUGGGCCAGAUACAACUGGCUCUGACCAGCUCCAGACUAUGACUAAUUCUCAUGGUGAGGUCUUACCUGGUACUAAGAAUAAGGUCAGGGAUAAUCCCAAUACUGUGUCUAAGGCAGAGGACCAAACAGAUGCAACAGGCUCUGUCCAGCCCCAGGCUGUGUUUAAUUCCCAAGGUGAAUCUUUACCUGUUACUAGGAAUAAGGUCAAGGGCAAUGCCAAUGCUGCAUCUAAGGCAGGGGCUGGGCCAGAUGCAAUGGACUCUGUCCAGCCCCAAGCUGUGACCAAUUCACAGGGUGAGGCCCUGUGUGUUACUGAGAAUAAGGUCAGGGAUAAUCCCAAUACUGUGUCUAAGGCAGAGGACCAAACAGAUGCAACAGGCUCUGUCCAGCCCCAGGCUGUGUUUAAUUCCCAAGGUGAAUCCUUACCUGUUACUAGGAAUAAGGUCAAGGGCAAUGCCAAUGCUGCAUCUAAGGCAGGAGGUGGGCCAGAUACAACUGGCUCUGACCAGCUCCAGACUAUGACUAAUUCUCAUGGUGAGGUCUUACCUGGUACUAAGAAUAAGGUCAGGGAUAAUCCCAAUACUGUGUCUAAGGCAGAGGACCAAACAGAUGCAACAGGCUCUGUCCAGCCCCAGGCUGUGUUUAAUUCUCAAGGUGAAUCCUUACCUGUUACUAGGAAUAAGGUCAAGGGUAAUGCCAAUGCUGCAUCUAAGGCAGGGGCUGGGCCAGAUGCAAUGGACUCUGUCCAGCCCCAAGCUGUGACCAAUUCACAGGGUGAGGUUCUCUGUGUUACUAAGAAUAAGGUCAGGGAUAAUCCCAAUACUGUGUCUAAAGCAGAGGCCAGAGCAGAUGCAACCAGCUCUGCCCAGCCCCAGGUUGUAUCUAAUUCCCAAGGUGAGUUAUUGUCUGGUACCAGGAAUGAAGUCAAGGGCAAUCCUAGUGUUGUGUCUAAGGCAGGGCCUGGGCCAGAUGCAAUGGGCUCUGUCCAGCCCCAAGCUGUGGCUAAUUCUUGGGGUGAGGCCUUGCCUGGUGCCAAGAAUAAGGUCAAAGGCAAUGCCAAUGCUGCAUCUAAGGCAGGAGGUGGGCCAGAUACAACUGGCUCUGACCAGCUCCAGACUAUGACUAAUUCUCAUGGUGAGGUCUUACCUGGUACUAAGAAUAAGGUCAGGGAUAAUCCCAAUACUGUGUCUAAGGCAGAGGACCAAACAGAUGCAACAAGCUCUGUCCAGCCCCAGGCUGUGUUUAAUUCCCAAGGUGAAUCCUUACCUGUUACUAGGAAUAAGGUCAAGGGUAAUGCCAAUGCUGCAUCUAAGGCAGGGGCUGGGCCAGAUGCAAUGGACUCUGUCCAGCCCCAAGCUGUGACCAAUUCACAGGGUGAGGCCCUGUGUGUUACUAAGAAUAAGGUCAGGGAUAAUCCCAAUACUGUGUCUAAAGCAGAGGCCAGAGCAGAUGCAACCAGCUCUGCCCAGCCCCAGGUUGUAUCUAAUUCCCAAGGUGAGUUAUUGCCUGGUACCAGGAAUGAAGUCAAGGGCAAUCCUAGUGCUGUGUCUAAGGCAGGGCCUGGGCCAGAUGCAAUGGGCUCUGUCCAGCCCCAAGCUGUGGCUAAUUCUUGGGGUGAGGCCUUACUUGGUGCUAAGAAUAAGGUCAGGGGCAAUUCCAAUACUGUGUCCAAGUUAAAGGCUGGAACAGAUACAACAAGCUCUUCUCCGCCCCAGGUUUCAGACAGUUCCCAUGGUGAGGCCUUGCUUGGUGCUAGGAGUAAGGUCAAGUGCAAUACCAAUGCUGAAUCUAAGGUAAAGGCCAGAAAAGAUACAAUGGUCUCUGGCCAGCCUCAGUCCAUGGUCCUUUCCCAGAGUAAGAUGUUGCUUGGUGCAAAGGACAAAGCUAUACCCAAAUCUAAAGCAGAAACCACAGAAGAAGGUGCUGCCUAUAAAAAUCCCAAGCCUAAGGCCAUGCUCACUUCAGACAGUGAAGGUGGGACAGGUACUCUGGCCUGUGGAAAGACACAGCCUAAAGUCCAUGACUAUUAUUGGAAUGAAAUUGGUAUUGAAGAUUGGAUUGCCUCUGAGCGAUGGAUCAAAUUUAGGUUUCAGGCCAAGGAUGGAUACUGGGAGAAUAACAUGUCCUGGGUUGAUGAUGAGAAUGAAGCCAGUAUUGAGUCCUGGAGCGGGGCUAGUGAUAAGUCUGGUAUUAGGUCCUGGGCUGGGGCUUGUGAUGAGGCUGGCAUUAAGUCCUGGCCUUGGGCUAGGGAUGAGAAUAAGGUUGGUGUUGAAUCUUGGGAUAGAUCUGAGGACCAGGCCAGUGAGGAUCUCUGGACUAGGAACAAGGCCAUUAGAGGGUCCCGGACUGGGGCUGAGAACCAGGUCAGUGGAGGGUCUUGGGUUGGCACUAGGGACAAGGUUAUUGGGGAACCCUGGACUGGAGAUCAGGUCAGUGAGGGUUCCCAGGCUGGGGGCCAGGCCAGUGAUGUCUCCUGGGUUGGGGAAGAGGCAAUUGGAGGGUCCUGGACAGUGGCUGAGAACAAGGCCAAUGGAGGGUCCUGGCCUGGAGUUCAAAAGCAGGCUAGUGGAAGGUCCAUGGAUGGGGAUAGGAUUCAGGCAAAUGGAGGUUCCUGGACUGAGACAAGGGCUAGAAAUGUGGCUAGUAUUGGCGACUGGGCUGGCACUGUGGACAAGGCUAUUGGAGAGUCCUGGGUUGGGACUGGCGAUCCACUUGGUGGUAGAUCCAAGCCUAGAUUUGAUAAUCAGGCUAGUGAAAAUGUAUCCUGGGCUGAGGCUGGUGACCAGGGCAGUGGAAGGUCUAGGUUGGGGUCUGAGGACCAGUCCAGUGGAAGACCCUGGGCUGACACUGCAGGUCAAGCCAGUGGAGUGUCCAGUCUGGGGCCUGUGGACCAGUCCAGCAGUGGGUCCUGGCCUACGACUGGGGAACAGGCUGAUGGAGGGUCUAGGCCAGGGUUUGUGGACCAGUCCAAUGUUCAGUCCUGGGCUGGCACUGAAAAGGAAGCUAGUGGAAGGUCCUGGGUUGGGGCUGGAGAUCAGGCAGGUAGCUGUUCCAAACCUGGAUUUGAGGGUCAGGCCAGUGGAGGAGGCUUCCGAGCUGGCACUAGGAAUCAAGCUGGUAGAAAAUCCUGGGCUGGGUCUAGGCUGGAACCUGAAAGUCAGACAAGUGGGGGGUCCUGGGCUAGGACUAGGGACCAGGCCAGUGGAAGGUCCCAGGUCAGUGCUGGGGUGGAGGACAAUGAAGGAUACUGGCUUGGGGCUGGGAUUGAAGCUAGUACAGGAUCCUGGUUUUGGAAAGGGGAAGAGGCUGGUAUUGUGUCCAGAUCUGGAUAUAAAAAUGAACCCAGUAUUGAAUCCAGAUCAGUGACUGAGGAAGAGAUUAUCAUUAGUUCCAUAUUUGAGGAUGAGGACAAGGCCAGUAUUGGGUCUUGGAGUAGAUCUGAAGAGGAGGCCUUUAUGGAUUCCUUUGUGGGGGCUGAGGCCAGGAAAGAGUCUUGGCUCUGGGAUGAAGAUACAGCCACUACAGGGUCUAGGCUUGGGGCUGGGGAAGGGCCUGGCAUGAGGUCCUGGACUUUCGCUGAGGAUAUAGAUGAGGAUGAACUAAGUAGAGCGUCUAGCCCUGAUAUUGAGGAGAUCAGUUUAAGAUCCUUGUUUUGGACUGAGAGUGAGAACAAUGAGUGCAUAUCCAAGAGUGAGAAAAAUGUCAGUUUUGAGUGUGGGGCUGGAGACAAGGAUAAGCUUGAGGCUGCUGGUGGAGUUGAUAUAAGGUCUUGGUUCAGGGAUGGUAAUGAAAACAGAAGUGGAAACAAAUCUGCACCUAAGACUAAAAAAUCAUCUGAGUCUAGAGGCACAUAUCCGUCCAUGGUUCCUGGGGCAGGAAUGGGAUCAUGGGCAGAAACCAUGAUCUGGACGGAAAUGAAAUAUCCAUACCAAAAUGAACCCUGCUUACCACUUGAAGAUGGCCUCAGAAAGCAGAUCAGGUCCGGGGCGAAAGCUCAGCCCUGGCCUUUCCACUGUAAACACAAAACUAACAUGGAUCCACGAGAGCUUGAAAAACUCAUUUGCAUGAUUGAGAUGACUGAAGAACCUUCUAUUCAUGAAAUAGCCAAUAAUGCUCUAUUUAACAGUCCCGAUUAUCCGUUUUCCCAUGAAGUCAUUCAUAAUGCAGGUAGAAUCUCAGUUAUUGAAAGCUUGCUCAAUAAUCCCCACCCCAGUGUUAGGCAGAAGGCUUUAAAUGCACUGAAUAACAUCUCGGUGGCUGCUGAAAAUCACAGGAAGGUUAAAACAUAUUUAAAUCAAGUAUGUGAAGAUACCGUCACCUAUCCCUUGAAUUCAAAUGUGCAGCUGGCUGGACUGAGAUUGAUAAGGCACCUGACUAUAAUUAGUGAAUAUCAGCAUAUGGUUACAAAUUAUAUUUCAGAAUUUCUUCGUUUGUUAACUGUGGGAGGUAGAGAAACGAAAGAACAUAUUUUGGGUAUGCUUUUGAAUUUCUCUAAAAAUCCAUCUAUGACAAAAGAUUUGCUCAUAGCCAGUGCACCAACAUCAAUAAUUAAUAUUUUUAGCAAGAAAGAGGCAAAAGAGAAUAUUAUUAAUGCUCUUUUACUAUUUGAAAAUAUAAAUGACCAUUUUAAAAGAAGAUCAAGAGUAUUUACCCAGGACAAUUUCAGUAAAAAUUCCCUUUACUUCGUAUUCCAACGACCUAAAGCAUGUGCCAAGAAACUUCGAGUCUUAGCAGCAGAAUACAAAGACCCUGAGGUGAAAAAAAGAGUUGAGCUAUUAUUAAGUAAACUUUAAUUAGUUGUAUGUUUCCAAAAAAAUCUGAGUAAUAUUUUGGUUUUGCAUCCUGGGGGUAAUACACUUUGUAAAUUGCAUUAUAACUUUGAUACUGAUGUUAUUUAUGAUGGUUUGUUGCUGGACCACUUUAUGAACACCAGAUUAAUUCAAACUUGUACUGAAAAUACAUGUGUUGCUUUUUACCUUGUCUAGAUUGAGAUGUUUUUAGUAUGCUUCAUGAGCAGAAACUAAGCCAAUUCUUCAUAAGUAAGGUAAUCUUUGGUCCUUUGUGUGGACUUAUGUUUAUACAUUUGAGAUUUUA